AUGACUCCUAAUGUGGACUUUUGUAAACACUGACUGUUUUAAUUAUUUAUAUUAUGUAUUAUUUAUGCGCGAUAAUUAAUCCCGUAACAAGAAAAAUGACUUUUCAUAAAUUCAUUCGCUCGUAUAAUCAGUUUAGCAACAACAAAUCUGCAAAUUUGAUCAGGAAAGAAUUUUUAGAUUAUUUUUCUAACGAUUUAAAACACAGUAUUAUUCGUUCCAGUCCUGUUUCUCCAAUUGCUGAUCAAUCAUUAGCAUUCAUCAAUGCUGGUAUGAAUCAGUUUAAAGGAAUCUUCUUAGAUUAUCAUGAACCACCUGCAGCAAAAGUUGUCAAUUCGCAAAAGUGUAUUAGAGUUGGUGGAAAACACAAUGACUUAAGUGUUGUUGGUAAUGAUAGUUAUCAUCAUACAUUCUUCGAAAUGCUCGGCAAUUGGUCCUUUGGAGAUUAUUUUAAAGAAGAUGCUUGUACAUAUGCCUGGAAUCUUUUAACAAAUGUAUAUGGCAUACCUGAAGAAUGUUUAUAUGUAACAUAUUUCGGUGGUAAUGAGAAGUUAGGCAUGGCUCCAGAUCUGGAAUGCAAGAAUAUUUGGUUAAGACUUGGUCUUCCAGAAUGCAAAGUUUUACCUUUUGGUAUGAGAGAUAAUUUCUGGGAAAUGGGUCUAUCAGGUCCUUGUGGACCUUGUACAGAAAUACAUGUGGAUUUUAUGAGACGAAAUACCAAUCAAGCUGCACGAGUGAAUAAAGGAUAUGCAGAUCUUAUGGAAUUGUGGAAUAUAGUUUUUAUACAAUAUGAAAGGCUUGCAAAUGGAAGUAUAGUACCUUUAUCAAAACAUCAUGUUGAUACAGGCAUGGGGUUUGAACGAUUAGUCACCUUUCUACAAGGCAAAAAAUCAAAUUAUGAUACAGAUCUUUUCCAGCCAUUAUUUGAUGCAAUACAAAAACACUCGAACGCGCCAAAUUAUAAAGGAACAUUUGAUAAUGAUGAUACAGGCAAACUUGACUAUGGUUAUAGAAUUCUUGCAGAUCACACGAGAAUGGUUACUGUUGCAUUGGCUGAUAAUAUGUUACCUGAAGAACAAAAAAAACUACGGAGAAUAUUACGAAAUGCGAUAAAUGUGGGAGAGAAAAUAUUCAAAAAAUCUGGCAUAGUUACUGAACUUGCUUAUACUGUGGCUGAUAACUUAGAUGCAGCUUACCCAGAAUUACACAAUAAUCUGAAACAGGUACAAAGGAUAAUAGACUUUGAGGAAGAUCUGUUCAAAAGAUUGCGAAAUACAUCUGGUAAAAAAUGGAGUAAGAUGAUUGAAAUUCGUCCUGAACUAGCAUCAAUCACUGAUUGGAUGGCUCCUGGUUUAGUCGAUGGCUACAAAGAAUUACAAUCCAUGUUAAAAGAAUUGCGUAAAACUAACAUAUUAUCCGGAACUGUCGCAUUUAAAUUAUAUGAUACAUAUGGCCUUAAUUCAGAAACUAUAGCAGAAUUAGCAGAAAUUGAAUCAUUACAUUUUGAUGAAAUUGAUUUUGAAAAGCAACUUGAUAAUCAUAGAUAUCAAUCAAAAAUUGGAUUAGACAAAAAUAGCAUACUUACUAAGGAAUCUUUGGAAAUACUUGAAAAGGAUCAUGUGCCUAAAACAAAUGAUUCAUUUAAAUACAAUUAUACAUAUAAUGGAAACAAUUAUGAAUUUCCAGCACUUAACAGCAAACUCAUUGGGAUUAUUAUCAAUGGAGAAUUAGUUAUAAAUAAGACUAGAAAAACUAUAAAUGUUAAAGAAAUAUAUAACAGUACUGAUGAAAUUGGUAUUAUAUUGGAUAAGACUGUAUGUUAUUCAUCAGAAGGUGGUCAAGUUUCAGAUAUAGGCAAUAUUUCUAUCAAGAAUCUAUUUUUUAACAUAGACAAUGUCAUAAAAAUAAAUGGCUAUGUGAUUCAUUCUGGAUAUUUUGCCAAAAUAGAUUUACCCACAUCAGAAUUGUAUUUACAAAUAGGAGAUGAUUGUCUAGUCAAUAUAGAACCAAAUAUUCGUAUUGGAGCUAUGAAACAUCAUACAGCAACACAUUUAUUAAAUGCAGCCUUAAAACAAGUUAUGCAAGUAGUUUAUCAAAGUAGUUCUACGGUCAAUGCGGAUAAUUUAAAAUUUCAAUUUAAUUCAUUUGGUGAGCAACUUACAUUGGAUCAAAUGAGAAUAAUAGAACAUUGUAUCAAUAAUAUCAUACAAACCCGUGCUGCAAUAACUGUGGAAACUUUAAAUUUACUUGAACUAUUAAAACAAGAUGAUAUUACAUUGAUCCCUGGGGAAAUAUAUCCCUACACAGGCAUUAAAGUCAUAGAAAUCAAUGCUAACAACUUGAAAUCAAAGGAAACGUGUUGCGGCACUCAUGUACAUAAUACAAGUGUUUUGCAACACUUUUGUUUUUUAACAUAUACCUCAAAGGGAACAACAAAACGCACUGUUAAAGCCAUUGUCGGCCAAGAGGCUUUACGUAUGAAACAGGCCGGUGAAAGAAUAAGUCAGAGAAUUGCGGAGUUAGAAGAAACAUUAAAAAGUAACAAAUUCACAUAUGAGCAAUUUCAGGAAGAAAUAAAUCGAAUAAAACAAGAAAUUAAUGAUCCAAAUAUACAAACAUUACCAUAUUUAAUUAAAGAGAAAUGCUUGACAAGCUUAGAGAAUUUGAACAAAGCAAUAUGGUUGCAAGAAAAAGAAAAUGAGAAAGCUUCUAUAAUUCGUGAAAUCACCAAUACACUGGAUUCAUCGUGUUUUAUCGUACAUUGCCUAAAUAAAAAUCCUACAUAUUUGUCAUUGCACGAAGUUAUAUCUCCCUUUUCUAAAGUACCAAUAUUGGUUCUAUCUAUUACUAAUAGAUCUGUAAAAGCAAGAUGUUCUGUACCACAGGAGAUAGUUUCUAAAGCAUUUAAUGCACAAACCUGGAUGGAUGUCAUUCUUCAAAUUUUUAACGGAAAGCAAGGAUCUAUUAAAGGAUUCAAACCUAUGUUAGUUGCAAGUAUGAAAUCAAUACAAGUGUCACAGGAUUUUCAAGUACAAUUAGAAAAAGCAAUGACUCAGGCUACUAAAUUUGCAUCCAUGCACGUAAAAAAGAUUGAACUUACAAAUAAAAAUCAAUAAAGAAAUCAAAGAAGAAAAAAUCGUU